AUGAUGUUGGGUACCGAAGGCGGAGAGGGCUUCGUGGUGAAGGUCCGCGGCUUACCCUGGUCUUGCUCGGCGGACGAAGUGCAGCGUUUUUUUUCUGGUUUGACUCCAGCAUCUACUGUUGACACUACUAGUUCGAGCACCAUGCUGUAUACAUCAAUAUCAAAUUUUUCCACUUCUGCUGCUACUUGGUUCUCAUUGUAUGACCCAACAAUUUUGGCUGCAACAUUUGGUGGUAUAACUUUGGGAUUUGGAUUAAUAUUCCCUGGCAUGGGUGGAGCAGCAUCUACUACACCACCAACAACUACCAUCACCACCACUACCACCACCACCACAACCACUAGUGAAUUUACCUUCAGUCGAAAACCACCGAUAUCAACUGGGAUUAAGUACACUAUUCCAAGUGAGCAGCCGAAACGAGUAACAUCCAGCCCGACUUGGCAGAGGAGAUUCAGCUGGGAGACAGUUUGCAGCCGGGAAAGGCAGAGGACUCCUGGAGAAAGUCUGAUCAUAACUCCUGUGAUGACAUAUCAUCAGCUGGACAAGCUGAUAAAUAAAUGGAACCUUGAAUUAGAGGAUCAAGAGAAGCACUCUCUUCAUCAGACCACCCAGGUCAAUGCUUGGGACCAUACAUUGAUUGAGAAUGGUGAAAAGAUUACUGUUUCACAUGGAGAAGUGGAAAAAGUGAAAUUGGAUAGAAAAAGGCUAGAAAAUGAAUCAGAUUUUCUCCUGUUGCAGCAGAAGGAAAUAGAAGAUCCCUGGAUCCCUUUAGAGGAGUCUUUGAAGGACCAGAGUAGUUCUGUUUAUCAGAAGUAUGAAGACGAGGAGCAUGAGAGGAUCUCAAACAGAUCAGCAGAAUUCUGAAUGCUCAUAUGAACUCUCUAGAGUGGAUUAGUCAGAAUCCAGGU